AUGCCUCCAAAAACAGACUUCCCACCCAUCCGCGCCUGCCUCUUCGACCUCGACGGCCUGCUCAUCGACUCUGAAGACAAAUACACCAUCUGCACCGAAGCCGUGCUGGCCCGCUACGGCAAACCGCGUCUCCCCUGGUCCAUCAAGGCGAAGAUGCAAGGCCGGCCCGGCCCAGCCGCCGGCGCCAUCUUCGAAGCGUGGGCCCAACUGCCCCUGACACGCGAAGAAUAUUUAAAAGAACUAGUUGAGUUGCAGAAGGUGCAUUUCCCCACCGUGAAACCGUUGCCGGGGACGCGGAAAUUGCUAGGGGAUUUAGCGGGGGCUAGGAGUAGGAGUGGGGAUGGGGAAAAGGAGGGCGAGAAGGUAUGCGUGGCGCUGGCGACGAGUAGUCAUCUGCAGACGUUUGAGCUGAAGACGGAGCAUUUGGAAGAAUUCAUGAGUGUUUUCCCUGCCCAUAGAAGGGUGCUUGGAGACGAUGUGCGGAUAGCUACCGGGCGAGGAAAACCAGCGCCGGAUAUCUAUUUGUUGGCACUGAAGACUGUGAACGAUAGUUUGGCGCCGGGGGAAAAGAAGAUUGUGCCAGAAGAGUGUCUGGUGUUUGAGGAUAGUGUGCCGGGGGUUGAGUCGGGGCGGAGGGCGGGGAUGAGGGUUGUGUGGGUGCCGCAUGCGGGGCUUAGGGAGGAAUAUAGGGGGAAGGAGAAGGAUGUUCUGGCGGGGAGGACGGGAGAAGGCGAGGGUGAUCUACACCAGGUUGGGGAGAUUGAUGAUGGGUGGUCAGAGCAUUUAGAGACGCUAGAGGAUUUCCCGUAUGAGAAGUAUGGGAUCGUUGUAUGA